UAAUAGCAACCGCCACCCCUCCACCCCUACCCUGGGCCCUCGGCUGAUGGAAUGCACGGAAACCCGGUGGGCACAUCUCGACCAGGGGCACACCCCCUUCAGUGCCCAACCAGGUCUCCGUAACGCCUAUAAUAUCCGUGGCACCCCCCUGAAUCAGAUCAUGUAUUAGGGGGGCCUUAUUGGCCACGGACCGUGCGUUGCAUAACAUCAGACGAAGGCCCAGGCUCUGAGGGUCUUGACCAUCCGGGGAACGGGAGAAGUCAGGGGGAUCGGGGCACGCGAUCGCCUGCAGACAUCGAACGCGUGACCCCCUAUAUCGAUACGAUCCCCCCCUUCCGCCAUAUCUGCCCCUCCCACUUACCGUGUUAGUAAAGGCUACAGCACGUAUGGAUCAGGCACCUGCAGCUUCUGGGUCCACUUUAGAUAGCGGGGAACAGGAUGAUUUCCUGUUCACCGAGCAGGCGGUGGAGGCAGAUACCAUUCCUAUCCCUAAGAUGUUUUUUGGACUUAAUACAAAGGCAGUGGACCUCACCGGCUACAGCUUCCAGGCCCACUGGGUUGGAGAAUCAACUUUUUGGAGUGGAUGCAGCCUUACUGAAGUUACUGGACAUUCCCAAGGUGGAUGCUCCGAUGGCUGCUCUGACCUCUUCUUCUGUUUUGCCACCUGAUGCUGAGGACGCCUUGAGGGCAGAGGAAAAGAGAGAGGUGACGGCUCUGCGCAGGGCUCACCUGGCAGAUUCCUGGACUAUUAGAGCCUCUACAGCGGCUUCCUUCCUUACUAGAGUGUCAGUUCGAUGGUUGCGACAACUUCAGUCUCACUUAGCGCCAAAUGAUAUACGUGCUCAUCAGGAUCUCUCCAAGAUUUUAGCUGCUGCAGAGUACACCGCGGACGCAACCUUGGCCUCUGCCAAGUUUUCUGCCAGGGCCAUGGCGGCAUCUGUCACUGCUAGACGUCUGCUUUGGCUACGACACUGGCGCAUGGACAGUAAGCAUAAAUGGAAACUGGCUUCUGUCCCCUUUGAAGGGGAACAUUUAUUUGGCCAGUCUCUGGAUCGAAACCAGAGACAAGAGGAAGGUGCUUCCAUCUCAGAGCAGGCGGGCCGAUUUCCGUCAGUCACCCUACUAUAGGUGGCCCUCCUUCCGUCGGGGUGAGCUGGGCCUAGCUUUCCCCGACAACAGCGGCCCUUCCAGUCAUGGUCAGGUUACCAGACCGAUAGAUCUUCCUUUGCCAGAGAUAGACAACUGCCAUCAAGCCAGCCCUUCAGGGGCAACAGUGGGAGAGGAGCUUGUCGAUCCAAGUGACGACUGGCUCCAGGCUCCUAUUGGGGGCAGACUGGGUCUGUUUGCGGACUGCUGGGACGAACUAACAGCAGAUACCUAUGUCAGGGAGACAGUGCGAGCAGGGCUCUCCCUCAAAUUUCUCUCCUCUCCUCCGAGGCUUUUCCUCCGUUGCCCACUUUCUCGAGACCCAGUCAAACGGGGACUCAUGGAGCAUUUCAUGCAGCAUAUUCAGCAUUUGCUGGAUAUUCGGGCCAUUCAGCCGGUUCCGCUGGAGCAACGGGGGCGGGGGUUUUAUUCAAUAUUGUUCAUCGUUCCAAAGGCCUCAGGGGGGUGGAGACCAAUUCUCAAUUUGAAGGGACUCAACUAUUACAUCAGGUACAGGAGGUUCAAAAUGCACUCCCUGUAUUCUAUCUUAGCAGGGAUUAGGGAGGGAGACUUCUUAGCUUCCAUAGAUCUCACAGAAGCGUACCUCCAGGUACCCAUCAGUCCAGACCAUCGUCAGUAGCUGAGGUUUUGUUAUGCCGGCCGGCAUUUCGAAUACAGGGCCCUUCUGUUUGGAUUGGCUUCGGCCCCCCCGGACGUUUACCAAGAUUUUAUCUGUCCUGGCGGCAUACCUCAGGUCCAUCCCUAUCAGGAUCCAGUGUUACCUGGACGACCUUCUCAUCCAGGCAUCGUCCCAGCAGCUAGCAGAACAAGACUUAGCUACAACCUUAGGUGCUCUGAGGGAUCAUGGAUUCUCCGUGAAUUUGAAAAAAUGUCAGGUCAUACCUUCUACGAGGUUAGUGCACCUGGGGGCCCUGAUAUACACUUGGGCGGGUCAGGUGUUCCUAUCCCAGGAGCGGCAGGAGAGCAUACAAACCUUAAUUCAGCUGAUUCGGCAGGACCAGACGGUACCAGUGGCCCGAUUGUCACAACUGAUAGGGAAAAUGAUCUCCUGCUUGGCCAUAGUUCCUUGGGCAAGGUUCCAUGCUCGACCGCUCCAGUAGUUCUUGCUUCCCUUUCAGAAGGCAGGCACCAGUUCCUCGAAGGCUCGGGUCAGGGUGCCGCCACGAGUGCUGCUCUCUCUUGGUGGGAGUCGGAAGCCAUCAGGAGGGGAUGUUUUUUCAGGGAAACUUGCAGAGUAACGGUGAUGUUGGAUGCCAGCCUCUUCAGCUGGGGAGGACAUUGCGGGUCCCAGGUGGCCCAGGGACGUUGGACUCGGCUGGAGCUCGAUCAACAGAUCAACUGGCUGGAGCUGCGGGCUGCGCGUCUGUCUCUUCAGGCUUUUCUGCCACUGGUGAGGGGGAGACAUGUUCUUCUUCUCACAGACAAUACAGCAACGAAGGCCCAUGUCAACAGGCAAGGCGGGACUCGAUCACGUUCACUGAUGCUGGAGGCGGAGGCACUUUGCCAAUGGGCAGAGACUCAUCUGUUGUCCCUGACAGCGGACUAUAUUGCCGGGACGGACAACAUCAGGGCAGACUGGCUGAGUCGGGCCUCAGUGGAUCCAUCAGAGUGGAGGCUCCAUCCCAGCCUAUUCGCAGCCCUCGUCGACUGGUUCAGCCAGCCGAUAAUCGAUCUUUUCGCAUACCCAACGAACACUCACCUUCCCCGGUUCCUGUCACGAUUCCCAGCCCCGGGAGCAGAGGGGGUGGACGCUCUGAGGACCCCGUGGCCCAGGGGCCUCUUGUAUGCUUUCCCUCCUCUACCAUUGAUCCCAGCUAUCAUCAGGAAGGUGCUGUUGGAGAGGGCAGAGAUACUAUUGGUAGCUCCUCAUUGGCCCAGGAGGCCGUGGUUCGCCGACCUGGUUGGCCUGUUGGUGGCCAUGCCCUGGAGGAUUCCCCCGGACAUUGUCUCCCUCAGUCAAGGACCGGUGCUUCAUCCCGAGCCCCAGCGGCUCCAGUUGACCGUUUGGCAAUUGAGCAGAGGCUCUUGAAACGGGAGGGGUUUUCUUCUAGGGCCAUCCCUACGAUGCAGGCGGCCAGGCGGCCUUCGACCAUGCGCAUUUACAACGCCACAUGGACCACCUUUGCAGAGUGGUGUAGUUCAAGAAAUUGGGAUCCUACUUCGGCCUCAGUGGCGGAUGUGAUAGAGUUUUUACAGGAUGGCCUUGAGCGGGGGCUUUCUCCUAAUACCUUGAGGAGGCAGGUAGCUGCACUGGGUUCCGUUUUGCCAUUUGGGGACUGGAGCUCCCUCGCUCACCAUCUGAGGGUGCGUACCUUUCUGCGUGGGGCUUCUUCUUUUUUUUUUUUUUACAUUUAUAUCCCGCCCUUCUCCAAAGACUCAGGGCGGCUUACAGUGUAUAAGGCAAUAGUCUCAUUCUAUUUGUAUAUUUUUUUUUUACAAAGUCAACUUAUUGCCCCCCCAACAAUCUGGGUCCUUAUUUUACCUACCUUAUAAAGGUUGGAAGGCUGAGUCAACCUUGGGCCGGGCUUGAACCUGCAGUAAUUGCAGGCUACUGUGUUCUAAUAACAGGCUUCUUAACAGCCUGAGCUAUUCCGGCCCCUAAUCUUCGCCCUCCAAUGCUGCACCGUUAUCCAACUUGGGACCUUGCUAAGGUUUUGCAGGCAUUGACCAAGGCCCCUUUUGAACAUUGGGGGAAGCCAGUCUUCGGCUUCUAUCAUGUAAGGUUGUUUUCCUUGUGGCCAUCACGUCUGCCUGAUGGAUAUCAGAGUUGGCAGCUUUAUCGGUGAGGAAGGACCUGUGUAUCUUUCACUCCAACAGGGUGGUCCUGCGGCUGGACCCUGCCUUUCUACCAAAAGUCAACUCCUCGUUUCACCGAGCACAGGAGUUGGUCCUGCCGGACUUCUGUCCAAGGCCUCGCCAUGCCUUGGAGCAGACCUGGCAUAUGUUGGAUGUUAGGUGGGCCCUCCGUAUUUAUAUCUCAAGGACCUCUUCAUUUCGGAAGACUGAAUCCCUGUUUGUUUCCUAUCAACCGUCAACUCUUGGCCACAGGGUGACAUCGUCCACAGUGGGGCGUUGGCUUAGGUCAUGUAUAGCACGUGCUUACGAGCUUAAAGCUCUUCCGGUGCCUCAGGGGAUAAUGGCCCAUUCUACUCACAGUGCAGCUACAACGGCAGCAUGGGCUACCCAGGCUUCGGUUGAGGAGAUUUGUAAGGCAGCUACAUGGACUUCUCCAUCUCCCUUCAUACGUCACUAUAGACUGGAUGCAUAUGCCUCGGCAGAGGCUACCUUUGGGCGGAGGGUCUUGCAGAAAGUCCACGGAGAGUCAGGGUCGUCGGCCCAGACCAGUUCCCACCCGUAAUGCUCAUCAGUCUUUGGUAUAUCCCCAAAUGGCGCCUCCCAUCGCCACACUAUGGAGAAGGGAUGUUGGUCUUACCGUGAUACAUCCUUUCUCAUAGGAGUGAUGGGAGACGCCAGUCCCACCCUGUUUCGGUCAGGUCCGACUCCCGUGGGGGUGUGGGGGUGUUUCCUGUUUUUCUAAUUUUCAGCUGGAUCACUUCGGCUUCGUUGUCAAAUGCUGGGGAAUGUCACCAGGGAGGCAGAUCCUCAGAAGUUUUUCUUUCAACUCAGAGACCGUAGAGCUAGAGACUGGAAUAACCCAAAUGGCGCCUCCCAUCACCCCUAUGAGAAAGGACGUAUCACGGAAAACACAACAUAGUUCUCUUGAUCAGAGCUCUCCACCACAGAGUGGAAUCUCAGGCGGUUACAAUCACCCUGUAUUAGGAAUGUAUGAUUCCAAAGAUGAUUUUCCACUCAGAAAAACAGCAUCUGAACCCAAUCUCAAAUUGCGAUCUAGAUUAAAGCAGAAGGUUGCUGAAAGGCGCAGCAGUCCUUUGUUAAGACGAAAAGAUAGUCCUGUAGCUACAGCUCUUAAAAAACGUCCAUUAGAUGUCACAGAAUCUGCAUGCAAUAGUGCUCCUGGAUCUGGCCCUAGUUCUCCAAACAAUAGUUCCAGUAAUAUAAGCACUGAAAAUGGAGUUGGAUCAGUUAUAAAUAUACAAACAGAGACCACCUUGGCUCAUAGACUGGUUAAUCAUGAAGGUUCAGUAACACAGCUUCCAUUGUACACUUCUCCCUCAUUGCCUAAUAUAACCUUAGGACUACCUGCAGCAGCCCCAUGUACUGGUGGAUCAGGACAGCAAGAUUCUGAAAGACUUACUAUUCCAUCAUUACAACAACGAAUCUCCAUAUUUCCUGGCACCCAUAUCACUCCUUAUUUGAACAGCACGGCAGUGGAUAGAGAAGGGGGAUCAACACAUAGCCCUCUUCUUCAACACAUGGUUUUACUGGAACAGUCAACUGCACAAAAUCCAUUGGUCUCAGGACUAGGGGCACUCCCUCUCCAUGCACAAUCUCUUGUGGGUGCUGAUAGACUGUCUCCCUCAAUACACAAACUGCGGCAGCACCGUCCUCUGGGGCGCACCCAGUCUGCUCCCCUUCCCCAGAAUGCACAGGCCCUCCAGCAAUUGGUGAUCCAACAACAACAUCAGCAGUUCUUGGAAAAACACAAACAACAAUUUCAACAACAGCAGUUGCAUAUUAACAAGAUGUUGCCAAAAUCAAAUGAAGCUUCCCGUCAGCAUGAAAGCCACCCAGAAGAGACUGAAGAAGAAUUAAGAGAACAUCAGACAUUUGUGGGAGACCAAUACAUUGACAGCACAGCAAAUCAAAAGGAAAUUCAAGAAUUGACACAAGUGGUCUGUGUGAAGCAAGAACCUGCUGAAAAUGAUGAAGAUGGAGAACAACAAGAAUUGGAACCAGGACAAAGUCAAGCAGAGCAGGAAUUGCUCUUCAGACAGCAAACUCUUUUACUGGAACAGCAGCGUAUUCAUCAGCUCAGAAACUACCAGGCGUCUAUGGAAGCUGCUGGCAUUCCAGUAUCCUUUAGUGGACAUCGGCCACUUUCUCGAGCUCAGUCAUCACCUGCUUCUGCAAAUUUUCCAUUAUCUACACAGGAGACACCGUGUAAGCCACAGUUCACAACAGGCCUUGUAUAUGACACCUUGAUGCUGAAACACCAGUGCGUUUGUGGAAACACAAACAGUCAUCCAGAACAUGCAGGGAGAAUCCAAAGCAUUUGGUCACGGCUUCAGGAAACAGGUCUUCGUAGCAAGUGUGAGUGUAUCCGUGGAAGAAAAGCAACUCUAGAAGAAUUACAGACUGUUCAUUCAGAAGCACACACGUUAGUUUAUGGUACUAAUCCUCUGAACAGACAGAAAUUGGACACCAGGAAACUGUUAGGUUCUCUGACAUCACUGUUUGUCAGGCUUCCAUGUGGCGGCAUUGGGGUGGACAAUGAUACAAUUUGGAAUGAAGUGCAUUCAUUCAGUGCUGCUCGUCUUGCUGUUGGCUGUGUCAUAGAGCUUGUAUUUAAAGUAGCUACAGGAGAAUUAAAGAAUGGAUUUGCUGUCGUUCGACCUCCUGGUCACCAUGCAGAAGAAAGUACCCCUAUGGGUUUUUGCUAUUUUAACUCUGUAGCCAUUUCCGCCAAACUUCUCCAGCAGAGACUGAAUGUGAACAAAAUCCUUAUAGUGGAUUGGGAUGUACAUCAUGGAAAUGGUACACAACAAGCUUUCUACAAUGAUCCCAAUGUCCUUUAUAUUUCACUACAUCGCUAUGAUGAUGGAAACUUCUUCCCAGGCAGUGGAGCCCCUGAUGAGGUUGGCAUAGGAUUGGGUGUUGGUUUUAAUGUAAAUAUAGCAUUUACUGGUGGUCUUAAUCCACCAAUAGGAGACCCAGAAUACUUGACUGCUUUCAGAACAAUAGUAAUGCCUAUUGCUCAUGAAUUUGCUCCAGAUGUUGUACUGGUGUCAUCAGGUUUUGAUGCAGUAGAAGGUCAUCCUGCACCCCUUGGAGGAUAUAAUCUAUCGGCAAAAUGCUUUGGAUACCUCACCAAACAGCUUAUGGGGCUGGCUGGAGGACGAAUCAUUCUAGCUCUUGAAGGAGGUCAUGAUCUAACAGCCAUUUGUGAUGCAUCUGAAGCAUGUGUUUCUGCUUUGCUAGGAAAUGAGCUUGACCCUAUUCCUGAAAAAAUAUUACAGCAGACAGCAAAUGUUAAUGCAGUGCAUUCCAUUGAGAAGGUCAUUGAAAUACACAGUAAAUAUUGGCAUUCACUCCAGCAUUAUUCUUCAACAGUCAGUUAUUCUUUGAUAGAUGCACAGAAGUGUGAUAAUGAAGAAGCAGAAACUGUAACAGCAAUGGCAUCUUUGUCAGUUGGAGUUAAACCACUUCCUGAAAAAAAGCUAGAUGAAGAGCCUAUGGAAGAGGAUCCUCUUCUGUAGCAUACUCCUGGUUUGAAGCACUCCAGUGAAAUUCAUCUUUUCUUUGAAGGCCUGCCAAGAAGCUUUCUCUUGUUAUACCUGCAUCCUGCCCUGAUUUUCUUCCAGAAAGGCAGCCAUGUUAAAAACAGCUUAAUUUCUCCAUAUUGUAGUUGUAUGGAUUAUGCUCAUGGAAAACAAAACAAAAAAAUGCAGGUGAAGAAAAGCAAUAUGAAUUACAGACAUACUUCCGUUUUUCCUCAGUGAAAGCUAUAAGAGGCAAGAUGCCAGGGAAGUAUUUAGUUGUCAGCUUUUGCUGUUGUUUCAAAAUCAAAGACUUAACAUGUAUGUGACAAUUUUCAUUUAAAACUGGUGCUUAACAUUUAAUUACAUUCUGACUACUCAAAGUAAAUUCUACUUUUGUUUCAGUAUUUUUGUGGUUCUUGCGUAUUUGUGAAUAAGAGUUCUUCAAAACUCAGACCCUGAGGAGGGUUAUUUUUCUUCUUGUGAAGGGUAAAAAGAAAACUUUUAUAUAUUCAUUCAAAUUAUAUAAAUGUGAUGAGGGAGAGUGUAAAAAAAAGAUAGCCAGAAAAGGGAUUGGCUUUAGCAUUGCCAAAGCCAUAGGAAGAGUUUGUGCCUUUUAAAAUAAUAGACUGCUUUGGGUAGCUGUUUUUUCCUGACAUUUUUGAGGAACUAUGCCUUAAAAUAAAAGAACUUUGCAGCUGUUCCUCUGAGAGAGAAAGCCAGGAACUGCAUUCUGUAAGAAAGUUUCUAGGAUUUCUGCUAGCAUGAUUAUUUAAAGCAAGCAACAGCCAGAGCUUCUCCCAAACAGUCUACAACCUUAUUUUGAUUUUUCUUUCCUUGCUGUUUAAUUUUUUUUUUCAUUAAGGUAAUUGCCAGUAAUAUGGCAAAUGCUGUUGGGUUUCUUAAGUUCAUUGAUUUUUAAAAAAUCCAACAUCAUCUUCUAUACAUUAUGUAUAACAAAUUAUCGAUUUGGUUGUAAAGCAUGCACAAAUACAAUUGCAUUUUUUUUAAAAAAUGGAAUGCUUUUUAUUAAAAGCAGAUUGCAUGGGAUAUUGCUUAAUUUUUUAGGUAUAAAUAUUUAUGUAUGCUGUAUAAUGAAUAAUAUAAAUAUAUUCCAAGCUUAGGAAAAUGACUCUUACAAAUUAUUAAUUAAAUGUUUAUAAUGCAUUUAUAUUAUCUAUAUGAAACAUCAGAAACUCCUUCCAAAGGAUUUGUGGAUUGAAAGGUCUAGUUAAAAUGCCCAUUGUCAAAGUGCAGUUUGGAACAUUAAAAUGCCCAACAUUUUAGUCACUGGGCAACUACCCUACAUAUUGUUCUUUAACUUUUAAGUUCUUCGGUGUUGACCGUCUUUUAACAAACGAAGUAUUUCUGGUAUUUGCUUUAUUUUCAUAUUAGUUUUCUAAUAAAGCCAAUUAUUUGCAUUGCUUUUCAUGUUUGGUUUGGUUUGAGAACUGUUUCCAGACAUUUUCUGGACAUACUGUACAUAACUUCUCCUUGGACACUGAAGUUCGCUUAUUUCCAGAUUUUUGUAGUGGAAACACUUUUCCUAAUCUUGGGCAUGCUGCAAACUGAUAUGUAUUAUUUUCAGAAUAUUCUUUUCUCAAAAGGAAGGAUUCCAAAGUCAUUUUUAAGAUCAAAAAUUGAUUGUAUAAUUUCUCAGUUCUUCAGUUGUAGUUGUUAUGCUACCUAAAGAAAAUGGUAAACUUUCCUCUCUUGAAAGUUGAUUAGUAUUAUAAAGAAUAAUGUAUAUUCUCAAUGGCAAGGAUUAUUAAAGGCAUUAAUAAUUUAAAUAAAUAAGUUGAAAGAUUGCAAUAUUCUGUUGGUACAGUUAAUACUCAGCAAAAACACAUUACCGUGCUUGAAUAAUCCCUUUAAAGAUUACUUCAAAAUCAAUAACAAUAAUAAUUAAAUUUGGUUUUUGAGAGUGUGUUAAUCAUCAUGAUCUCUCUUCUUCUACAUAUUUUUUUAAAUGAGAGAAGUUGACCCUCUUGUGUAACUGCUUAAAUUUUUAGCAGGGAAAUUAGAAGAGAUUAAUUUUUUUCUAAAGAAUUUUUUUUGGUUAUAUUAACUGACAGAGUCAAUUUAUAAUUAUGUAGUUUUGAAAAGCUUUUUUCUUUCAUUCCAUUAUGACUGGAGUUGAGAAUAUAAACAUAAAUUUCAAUGAGUACAGAUAAGCUUUAGGUGUUUAUUUAAUGAAAAAGUUAAUAUGCAAUUUUUAAAACAGACACUACAAUAUUAAUGUUCAUGCUAACCCAAAUAUAUUCAAACUGAUGGAUUCUUUUUGGCAUUAGAAGUGUAAAGUUUGAUGGUAAAGAUAAAAUGUAUAUUUUAUAAAAUGCUUUGCUGCUGUGCUCUAAAAAGAUUUUUGUGUGAAAUUACUUGGUUUUGUAUUUUAUUAAUUUACUAUGUUUUAUUACAAUUGAUAAAAAGUGUUGAAUUCUUUGAUCGCUGCAAUUUCAUAUUUUAUAUUUGAACAUCAAAACUGUCAAGAAUUUUUUUUGUCACAAAAAAUAUUAUAUAUCAAUUGUGUUAAUAUCUUUGCUUUUAAUGUUACUUUUAAGAGUAUUCAUUUGUUUCAAAUUGUUACAUCUUUGGGAGUGAAAAGCUUUUCUGAAGUCAGAAAAUUUUUUGUAAUUCACCCCAUAAUUUAUUAAUUUCUAUUUAAAAUAUAUAUGCCAUAAUUUCACUGUAAGCCUGAAACUGGAUUUCUUCUGCAGUUAUUCUAGGAGAAAAAAGAUAUGCAUAUUGGAAAUAAUUUUAUUUAAUAAAAGUAUAGAUAAGGAAGGCUUCUGGGCUCUGUGAAUAAACGGAGCCCAGAAGUCUGAGUAAGACAAUAUAUCUCCAAUUACAGUUUUUUUAUAUUCUGUAAGGAAGAAGUACUUAAGUUCCAUAAGCAGGAUUCUGUAUGUUUUUUUAUUAACCCAGUUUUGAAGGUAAAGAGUGAUUUCCUACAAUUCUGCUACAUGUUAAAAACAGAAUUAUCUAAAAGUGAAUUCCACAGUAUAAUAGAAUAGAUCAUAAUUAUUUUACUUUUUACUUUCAGUACAGACAAAACAUUCCUUUUUAUUAAUCAUGUAAUCAUUCCAGUUUUCUUUUUCUAAAAUUUUGGGCCCACAUUUUACGGGGCAUUGAUAUAUGAACAUAUUUUUUUAAGUUUCCUAUACUUUAAAAAAAUAUGGUCUAUUAGGUUGGCAUGCCUUUAUAUCAUAAACAGAUUUUGCACAUCACACUUAGCAGCUGUGGGAAAAAGCUUUCUGAUGGCAUUAUCAAGUUACAAGUUGGGUAGCUUUGUGUCACACAAAAAUAAGAGGCAUGGAAAAGGGAAGUUUAAUUGACUCAUCUGAUUAAGGACCUAUGCUUUUAAUGUAAAAUUGAAAAAUGACAGGACUACUUAAAUAUUUGUCAUUUUAAAGAAAAUAAUUGCAUUUGUGACAAAUCAAUAGUAGAAUAUAUUGUAUUUAUGUGGAAAUGUUCUAGGAAAAUUUUGCUGAACACACAAAUGUGUCAAGUUUUUUAAGGGAGGGAGAAAAAAAGAAUUCUGUUUUUAUUUGUCCUUAGGUGCAAACCUAUGUGAUUACUGUUUAUAUUAAAUGUCAUAUAAAAUUGGAAAUAACUUAAAGAAGUAACUCUUCAGCUCAACUGUACUACUUUUUAAAUUAUUAGGAAUUAUAUGUAGAGGUUUCUGCAUUUAAGCAGUGAUAACACUAUGUGCAAACACUAUGGAUUUGAACAAAACAUUGCAUCAGCAUGAAAUGAGGUUUCUUAGGGAUAGUUGAGCUUGGUUUCCUCCCAGCUUCAUAUUGUAUUUGAGAUAAUUAAAAAGAAUGGGCCAGGGAAAAUAAUUUAACACUUGUGGUGCUUUACAGUAUAUUGUUGGCAACUCAUAUGUCUGGGUUGAAAAACUAUUAACCCAAGAAUUUAUUACAAAUAUGUAGUAUGAAAAGUUGUAACAUUAUUAUAGUCUGCUUUAUGCCUAAACAUGCUCAAUAUAUCAUCAUUGAGAACAGCUACUAGUUUACUCUGUAAUUUAUAGUUUCAUUCCUAAUUGUAUGACCCCUUUAAAUUGUAGUAGCAUAUUCUUUGUACUUAAAUUUUAUUAUGACUUUUUUCUUAGUAGUUUUGAAAUUUGGGUUAUUUUUCCUAUGUGUCUCUCUGUUUUUUGUUAUAUUGUCUUACUUUUUUUAACCAGUGGUAUUUUUCUCUAACCUAUACCAACAUCAAUCUCAACUUUAAUACAAAUUCAGUAUUUUGUACCACAUUAUGACAUCUUGUUAUUACUGUGGUGUAAAUAAAAAGAUAAAAUGAAUUAAAAAA